UUCCAAGGGCGGCGGAAGGUCUUUUGGCGGGAAGCGCGGGGCGGGGGGUCGGCGGCCGGCGCACGGUGGCUCAAUACCAUCAGUAACAAGUGGCCUGUGGCGGUGAGUAGUGAGGCGUUCUGUGGCACUCCUCGAAGCGACUCAGCGGGUCGCCAACGCGCGCGCUCUCUUGAACUUGUAAAUCCUCCACUCCACUCACUCACCCUUGCGUGUUGAGGAGAAAGAGGGAUAGAGAGUACCGCGGCGCGAGGAGGAAAGCAACUCGCGUCAUUACAAUAAAUACAGCAGUAAAGAAAUAGUGACGAAAAGUAGUUAAAUAAAUAGGUACAAAACAGCGAAAUCAAGAAAAAGGUAUCUCAGAAAAUAGGAAUAAAUACAGAAGCACGCAACGCGUGGAUCACAAAGUUAAACACAGUCUUGAAUUAGCUGAAGAAAGAGAAAACCGCCAAGGUGGAGGGGUUACGAAGCCAAAUGGCGGACGGGAAGAUGGUCUCAGAGACGCUUAAAAAUAUGUACCCGUCCCAGCUGCCCACGCUAAAGAUGGCCAAGAGCAACGUGCGCCUGCUGGCCUACUCCGUGCUCUAUCUGGUCUUCCUAGUGCUCGGGGCAGCCAUAUUCUCAGCCAUUGAGGCCCCCGAGGAGACAGAGAUGAUUCGCUACAUCAGGCGACGCAAGGAGCAAUUCCUCUCCAACUUCACAUGUAUCACAGACUCGGCGCUGGAGGACCUCAUAGUGGAGAUCAUCACCGCCAACAACCGCGGGGUGUCGGCGGCGAAGAGCACGGCGGGGGAACACAACUGGUCCUUCGGUCAGAGCUUCUUCUUUUCCAGCACCAUCGUCACCACCAUAGGUUACGGCCACGUGCACCCGCUGUCUGAAGGAGGCAAGAUCUUCUGCAUCAUCUACGCCAUCAUCGGCAUCCCUAUGACCUUCAUCCUCCUGACGGCGCUGGUGGAGAGGCUGCUGCUGCCCACCACCUGGCUCCUCUACUGGCUCAACUCCAAGCUGGGACAUCUCUAUCAGCCGUUCAACAUCAGAGUGUUUCAUCUGGCCAUCAUCGGCACCAUCACCUUCGGUCUGUUCAUGGUAGUGCCAGCCUUCAUCUUCGCUAAGCUAGAGCCGGGCUGGGACUUCCUGGACUCUCUCUACUACUGCUUCAUCUCCCUCACCACCAUAGGCCUCGGUGACUACAUCCCUGGAGACGCUCCGAGGCAACCCAUGAGGCCCCUCUAUAAAAUAUGUAUCACUGCGUACCUGCUGCUUGGUCUGACCUUCGUGAUGCUGCUGCUCCAUCUCUACAAUGACAUCCCGCAGCUCAACCUCGGCCUCUUCCUGCUGCGUGGCUCUGACUUGGCUACAGGCGACCCAGAGCGGAUGAGACUCAGCGGUACGGGGGGCGUCGCUCCUAAAUACACUCAGCACAACGACCAGCCAGUGCGGCAGAAUGUGAAGGUUGUCUCCCGGCCGGUGGACUCACCCAGCCCCGAGGAAGACACCACCCCCGUCCACGCCCAGAUGCCUCCCAUCAUCCCCACCAACCAGGGCAGUGGUUAAGGUAGCUAGCCACUCCUCCCUGUGUCCUGCUCUCCCUCGCCUCUCACUCCCGCUCUCUCUCUCUCUCUCUCUCUCUCUCUCUCUCUCUCUCUCUCUCUCUCUCUCUCUCUCUCUCUCUCUCUCUCUCUCUCUCUCUCUCUCUCUCUCUCUCUCUCUCUCUCUCUCUCUCUCUCUCUCUCUUUCCUCUUUCACUCUUUUGCUCUCUUUCAAACUCGACAAAUGAUGUAUUAGAGAAAAUAUUGAAUUCUUCCAGUGCUACUCUAGGAUUGACGCUUUUCGAAACUUCGUAUUUCAAUUAAAACCAAGAGGUGUACUAAUACAAAUUUUUGCUGUUGUGUGGUGUUGCAGACAGGUAUUAAUUCAUGUAUUUUCUUAUCACUUGCAUUUAAUUGUUUCUCAGAAGAAGCAGAGUGGUGGAAAUGUUGUAAACUUAGAAGAAUUAAUGCUCCGCUCCACUUUUCUGGGAGCCACAGCGAGGACGGGCCUCAGUUACGGCACUAGGUUCACGUCUCAUUGUAUUAAAGAAAGAAUAUAUAUUUAUUUUUCUGUGACAAUGAAUUCUGUUGGGCAGUUUCUUGUUAAGUGGAAAUGCUUAUGUGAAAAGGCUGCUUUAUGACGCACCAGGUGUCACAAGAGUGUGAUGUGAGGGCCACUGAAGACCACUGUACCUUUCCUACACAAGGGUGAAGGCUGCACAAUAACUACACUUACAAAAGGCAAUGGGGACUCAAAGUAUUAGAAAUUUUUGAAGUCUGGCUGCCAUGACAAUCUCUGGAACUGCACACACUUGCUCUCUGCACUUAAGUUGGAAUAAUCAAAUUAUAUUCUAUGAAAUCAGAACUUGAAUUCAUCCAAAGACUCAGGUAGUGACAAUUAAGUGAUCUGGUUAACAUCUUCAUAUUUGCAACUGUUUUGUCUGUCCUUGAUACAGUAUGUCUUAAGUAUCUUUGGUCAAAAUGGGAUAUUGAGGUGAUGGGAACACAAAGAAGAGAAAGACCUAGAAUAAGGUGAAAAGACUGCAUUAAACAAGACUUGAGAGACAAAGCAAUAAGUGAAAGAAUAGCAUAAGACUGAAACUUUCAAGAACAUCAGAAAAUUGUUAAAGCUGCAAUAAACCAUCAAGCCUCUGUGUGGCACUGCCUGUACAAAACAUCACAUGCCUAUCUACCUAUAUCCACCUAUAUGUUGGAAAAGGCUCACUAAAACCAGCAACUUUGAAUCAGGAUAUCAGGUGAGAAGAUGAAUAAGAGGCUGAGAUAGUGAGGUGCUUCAUGUCCUGUCAUAAUCUGUAACAUACAGAUGUAGAGAGAGGGAGUGUGACUAUUGAUGUGAAGGGAAGAGAGAGAGAGAGGAAGAGAAGCAAGAGGAGGAAGAUAGAGAGACUCAUUCCAUUAAGGAUAAUAGGAAAAGAGGAAAGACAUGAAUUAAUUUCCUCAGUAAUGUGUCAAGAAUGUAAGAUUUUAUUUGGUUAAUGAAACUACUUCUUUUUAUAUUGCAUUAUAGAAUAUUCACUUUAGUUUAGUGCGUUGAGUCAUCUUUGCCAAUUGCACAAAGUGAAUGAGGGCCAUUUUGAUAGGUAUGUCGUUUCAUUCACCUUUUCCUCCCUCGCCUUUUUAUUCUUAACAUAAUAAGGGAUUGUGUGCUGCCUGCUGGCCCUCUCCCUCCUGUCCUGCCUUGGGUGCUGGCAAUCCUAGGCAAGGUGAUACAUACUGCUUGGCGUCUGUGUCUGUGCUACUCACUGUGUGCUUGUUCUGCGGUGUGCUCAACCUCAUAGGAUUGUAGAAAGUGAAUUGUGUUGUCCACCUUCCUAUUACUCCCAUGCAUUCUGCUCAUGCUGUGAGUCUCUCUCUCUCUCUCUCUCUCUCUCUCUCUCUCUCUCUCUCUCUCUCUCUCUCUCUCUCUCUCUCUCUCUCUCUCUCUCUCUCUCUCUCUCUCUCUCUCUCUCUCUCUCUCUCUCUCUCUCUCUCUCUCUCUCUCUCUCUCUCUCUCUCUCUCUCUCUCUCUCUCUCUCUCUCUCUCUCACAGACUGACUGCCUUCAAGCACGCACUCAAACACUGUAUUGCCUGCAUUCCCCUUGUCAUUCUCUGCCAUACAUCAACAUCCUCUUAUUAACAUUGAAUAGCACAUUCACUCAGCUGCUCCUGCUUGUUGUGGACUUGCCUGUGCAAAUUUUACUUUAAGAUAAUGAAAAGAAUGGUAUAGCAGAUCCCUUUAAUUUUCUUUCAGUCUUGUUUCAUCUAAAAAAAAACAAUUAAAAGCCCCCUCUUUCUCUUAGUCUGUUUAUGCAUAUUUUUUUUCCAGUGGAUAAUAUCUAGACUGUGAAACAUUCCUGCUUUAUAUUAAAUAAAUCACUGGAGCAUCAUAGUCUUAUACUACAUGAGUGAAUAGUGUUACAUUGUUCAGAGUUUCAGUGGUGGCCAUGACAAGCAGCAGCUCACUGUUCUUUAGCCAAGUGUCUUGAUAGUGACAGUGUCCUCAGCCAUUGCCUCACCACCUGUCCAUUGCCAAGAGCUGCCAGUCAUCUUGUUCAGUCUCCACUGGAGGAGGACCAAAUUGGACUGAGUAGAACUAGUUAAAAAGUUAUUAACAGUGGUAUAGCCUCUCUUCUGCAGUCACCAUCUAUAUCAGCCCAACAUCACACAAAAAUGUUAUCAAAAUCCUCCCUUACACUAUCUAGUAAAGCUCCUUAGCCUCAUCUCUCAGUAUAAAGUUAUUCAACUCCAGAUGUUUGUUGCCCUUUUGUACUACUGUGAAUCUAAGAUGCUUCUAUUUUCCUCUUUAUCUUCUCUUCAAUAUACAUACAUACAUACUAUAACAUAUUUUCUUCAACUGGUCCCAAAUAAUGUGUAUGAGAGACCAAAGUGGUGGUGUUCCUCUGUGGUGCGUGUCAGGUUUAGCUCUGGGUGUGUACAGAGUGUAGUCUGUGUGGGAGGAGGAUGCAGGCAUGAAGUGUGAAGGGUGUGUCCACCAAGGGGCACUGGUACCACUAAGGGUGCAGCACCAGUGUGGGCAUAAUAUUCAACAAGAGAAAGAAAGAAGCAUCAAGGAGAGAUUUGACUGAUAGAAUAGGUAAAAGUGUUUGUAAAUGUUUGUCUGUCUGUGAAAAUACUUUGUUAUUAAUAAAAAGAUAUUAACUGUGAAUAUAAUAUAUGAUAUACGUAAGUUGUGUUUGCAGUGAAGUGCGUGUGAGUGUAGCAUGAGUGGGAGGGAGAAAGAGGGACUUCACCACAUCUUAUGCUGUUUGUCUGUGUGUGUGUUGUGUUCAUGGCUGUGGUUGUGAGUGUGAGUGUGAGAGGAAGAUAGGAAUAAAGACAAGUUUCAUACAAUAAUUGUACAAUUUUUCGAGCAGAAUAUUACAUGACAUUGCAUUUAAAGUUUCUCUCCAAUAUUAUGCAGUAUGUUCAUGAUGCUGCAGUUCCCACAUGUCUGUAAAUCUGUCUGUGUCUGUCUACCCAUCUAUCAGUAUCUGUAAUGCCUUCCUCCCAGGCAAUGCCUUUCUCUGCACACAGUGUUUGGCCAAGGGAGGGCUUGCUUUCCACAACUGACAAAUUAACACUGCUAUCAAUUCAGCCUCCCAAGCCAUGAAGGAUAUGGAAUUAUCUUAAUUCAUUAUCAUGGACCUGAUGUCAUUACAGCCAAGGGAGAACAUUUGACUCCUUGCUUGGAUUUCAAAUGAAAUUGAUAUUGUCGGAAAGUUACUCUGGUAUUUAUCAAGAUUAUUUUUCCUUGUGAACCACAUUGUUAUGGUUGUCAGAUGUGUAGUGUAGCUCUCUUCAUGUAUGUGUGUGUGUGUAUGUGUGUGUGUGUGUAUGUGUGUGCAUUUAUGUGUGUGCAUUUAUGUGUGUGUGUGUGUGUGUGUGUGUGUGUGUGUGUGUGUGUGUGUGUGUGUGUGUGUGGGUGUGGGUGUGGUAGGGUCUCUUCCAGUGGGAUGCCUGAAGUCACUAACAUUAGUCAUGGCACACUCUCUGCAUAGUGAAGCAUGUAAAUACCACCACCAACACAAACUCAAAAUACAGAAGUAAUUAUUUCUGGAGAUUAGUUUUAAGUCAGUGGACAUUUUCAGGAAGCUUGAUAUAAUUCCACUCUGCCAGGGAGCACUAAAUCUAUGGCCAGUAGCUUCUGACAUCAUGUGUUGGGGAGAGGCUUGUGUUUGCCAGAUUUAUGCCUUAAUCCAGACCAUUACCAAUGUCAGUGUCUAUGAACUCAAAGCAAACAUUGAUGAAUUUUGAGGUAAGGUUUAGUAUUACUCCUUGUGAGAAAUAUUAUUCUGUAAAAAGACACUGUACUGGUCUGCCUUCACUUCUUCAGGUCACUAGCCAUGAGGUGAGCAGUGCGGCUCUGUUGACAGUGGGCUGUGUGUGUAUAAAGGGAACUCCUGCAGUCUGAAACACUAUUCCACAGCUAUACUGUAAUGCUGCACACCAGUGCUACACUUAUUAUGCUGUUCUCUGGGAAUUCACGUGAUUUUAGAAAGAAUCUGUCACCUGCAGAAAUUCAAGAUUAAGAAAUGACUAAUUAUUGUGAGUUUCUUAUGUUAAUAGGGCAGAAAACUUUCCCUUUACUUGAUAGAUAAGGUUCAGGGUAAAACUUUUCUAAUCAUGGGAAAAAAUUGUUGGAUUUGGUAUCUUAUAAUUUUAAAACACCUUUUUCUGAUUUAAAAGUCAGACAGUUUCAAUGUGAUGGUCGUGCACUGUAGCCCAAAGCUUUCUCCACACAGUGUGAUUGCAGGUGUCAUUUUUGUCAAACACCAAGCUGUUCUCUAAUUAAUAAUAAUAAUAAUGACAGUGUUUGUAGGUGAAGAUUAGUUAGAAAACAUAUUUUUUAUAUUACCCUUAGGUUUAAAUUAAUUUCAAGUAUUAAUAUAUGCUCUAUUUUGUGACUAUAUUUUUUGAUAACGUAAAAACAUACACAUCAGUAUUAUGUGCAUAUUAUUUAUUGGUUGGUUGUAAAAUCAGGAGAACAAAUACGUGACAUGACUCAUUGUGUGCAUUAGGAUGACAGAUGCAAAAUUGAUCGGUAAGUUCAGACUCCAAUUCCGCCCAAACAUAAACUGAAAUUAUCGUUGUGUUGACAAUACAAUACUUAUGUGAGUCCCUAAACGUUCAUAUGUAAAUACUAAAUAUAUAUGAUUAUGUACA